CCAUUACAUGUGUUUCCGGUCAAUUUCCCUGAUUCUGUAUUCUCAAACGACACAAGUUCUGACCUGAACGCAGAAAAAUGCGCCACGCACUGGUCUGUGACAAACAUAUAUGCUUUCAGAUAUGUCAGGGUGGGUUGCCAGAUAUCAACAAAAUUCCCAGUCCGACAGCAGCGUCUCAAAAAAGCAGAUUUCAAGACAGCCCAAAACAAACAGGUACAGGAACAGGAAGAAAUGCACACACACAAUAUCUGCAGGUAAUCUCUAAUACAGACACUACAUACUCUUCCUUUUUCCUUUUCUCGAAAAAAAUAAAUCUCGAUUUAUUUUUGAAACAAAACAAAAGGUUCAGCACAUUGUGAUCAUAGAUCAGUGGAAAUACUUCAAGGUCUGUAGCAUGUUAACUAAUUCAUAGGACAGAAUUUAGAUACUAUAUAAAUAUACUAUUAUAUAUAAUAUUUACAUACUAUUUAAAUACUACAAAUAUAGUUUAGGGCACAAUAAAUGCAAUCCUUUUAUACAAUCAUAUAAAUGAAGCUUGAAAGCGGCAGAUGAAAAGCCUAAUCACUCGGAGUAAUAAUGUUAUGACAGAGCAGUAGUUAGGAAGAUGAUGCAUUCACGUGAUCAAUCAUGAGACGUACACAAAACAGAAGAAUAAGAGUAAGUAGAAAACAUCAGGAAAACUCAUGGGAACAGAAAAAAAAACACGUACCAUGACCCCUCUCUAUGGGACCCCUCCAGGUGAGUGGACAGGUUUCUCCAGAUGGGCCCAGUGUUAUCUUGGAUUAGAGAGGGACUGAGGAUGAAUGAUCGGGACACCCAGGUCUAUAUCCCGCUCAGUCCAGCAAGUAUCACAGGCUCUGUUUCCUAAUACACACAUCUGUCAGCCUCCUCAUGGUGUAAGCAGGGUGAUAUUAUAUGGCCCGACUGGUCAGAGGGAGGGUCGGCAGGGCUGAAGUAGACCAGCUUUAGUUGGGAAACAUGGAAGGAGGGGUGGAGCUUGAGACAGAAAACAAAGGGUAUGAUGCAGGGGUCUAGAUAUUAAGGGGAGAGUUUCUUUGAGUUGGAUUUCUAAAGGAGAUCUUUAGAUGAGAGCUGAAGAUAUCUGGCCUGGUUGGUAGUAGGGUGAUUUAUCAGUGACUGCCCUGGACAGGGAAUUGUGGGAGUACUCAUUUGAGAGCUGCGUCCAGCUUCUGAUUGGCCCAUUCCACCUGAUUAUUGGUCUGUAGGUGAAAACGUGAAGAUAACACCACUAUGAACUAUAUAGGUGUAUAUAGGUGGAGGUCAGCCAGGUGCUACAACCUGUCUGGAAGCUCUGAUGAAAUGGGCCAUUGCCCAGACUGAUGAGUAGAUGGGAAGCCAGUGUGUUCACCUGAUCAAUCAGCAGAAGGUGCGAAAUGGAUCACCAUGUCAGAGAUGCACAAACAAGUAGACGCAAAAGAAGAAGGGCCAGUACAGGAAACAGGCAAGAAUAUGUCCUGCCUCCUUUUGCAUGCUUGUGCUUGCAAGUGUGUGUGCAUCCUGUGUGAAGUUGUCGGUGAGAACUUUUUUCUUUUGUUUUUUUGCAAUAGAGCAAAGGUGAACGCUGAUCUUAGAGCAUUGGUCGUACAGUUUCCUGCAUAAAAGCUCAUGAAAAGGAAAUCGGCUGCAGACUGCAGGGUCAUAUAAAAUAAUAUAGUUUUCAAACUGGUAUAUAAUAUAGUGAAUAGUGAAUAGCUUUGUGUAAUGACAUUAUUAGAAACAAAAAUAUGAUCAAUCAAUGCAACGUAUACAUCAUCAUAAUGCAACAAGAUUAUUUUGAGAUUUGCACAACUGCUGGACUCUAACAAGAACAUCUACAGGAUGUGGAAAAACUGCAGCUCAAAAGUCUUCAGAGUUUAAACGCAAGAUGAUACUACUGAUAUCCCCCCGGCUCUUUGACUCAUUUCCUUUAUUGACAGCAGCACAUUUAAUUCACUUCACAGAGGUGCAGCCUGUCAGUCACGCCCAUACAGAGCUGCAGAAGUUUCACCUUUUAUUGAGUAUUUUAUAGAUUAAAGAUGCUUCAACAUUCUUCUGAGAGAGUGGAGAGGGUGGUGGAUAUCUACGAGACUGUAGACGCUGUUAGAGGUCACGACCCCGACACCAAGAAGGGAGACUCUUAUGCAGAGAAACGCCUAGAAGAACAACACACAGGAGGAGACACUGCAUGCAGCAGGUGUUACAGACUGACUGCAGUGUGUGUGGUGCUGCUGCUGUGUGUUCUCCUGCUGGCUGCCAUCACAGUGCUGUGGAUCAAAUUCUACAUCCUGAAAACAGAAAACAACCAGCUCCAGACCAGUUACAACAACCUGACUAAAGAGAGAGACCAGUUACAGUCCAGUUACAACAACCUGACUAAAGAGAGAGAGCAGAUACAGAAGGAGAGAGAUUCAUGGAAAUGGAGGUGUUUCAGUUCCAGAUCCAGUUUUUAUGUCAUGUCUAAUGGGAACAAGAGCUGGGAGGAGAGCAGAAAGGACUGCAGGGACAAAGGAGCAGACCUGCUGAUCAUAAACAGUAAAGAGGAACAGGAGUUCAUCGUUAAACAGCUGGGCAAUUUUGAGGCUUGGAUUGGUCUGAGUGACAGAGAAAAAGAGAGAGAGUGGAAAUGGGUGGACGGUACACCACUGACCACUGCUUUCAGGUACUGGGCUGAAGGGGAACCGAAUAAUGCAGAUGAAGAGGACUGUGCUGUGAUUUACGCUUCAUCUACGUCUGUCUGGAACGACAGGAAAUGUUCUGUUCAAUUACCGUGGAUCUGUGAGAAACCUGUUUCUCAAUGAUGUGUAUAAUUUUAAAUGAAAAGUGCUUAUAGACAAAUUGAGUGAAAUCUAUACAAUAUCAAAGACAACAUUUUGAUAAUAAUUGUGUUUCAGUGUCUGCUCUUGUUUUCUCAGUAAUCAUUCGCUGAUACAAAGUGAUGCACAGUGAUUGUUUUUUUUUUUUAUCUUAUAGAUUUGUUGUAUAUUUCUUGUGAUUCUGAUGCAGUAACUUUGUAGAUCAUGAUGAUUGAUUGAGUUUAAUUGAGAUAAUUAUGUUGGUUUGAAAAAGCCAACAUUCUGUUUUUCUUCUUUUUCUUAGACAAUUAAUUAUCAAGAGUAACUCCUCCUAGAGCGUUAGAGCGACAUGCACCAAACUCGGCAUGGUUGUUCAUCCUGGUCUGAAGUUUGUUGCUAUUACUUUUCUAAGCGAUCGAAAUUCUGGUAUUCUAGGUACGGAAGCUCAAAAUGGCCUUUUUCCACAUGCAUCACCCAGGAUAAUACAGCUGUUCAUCAAAUUAUUUCACACACAGCUAGCAACGAGACUAUACAUGGAAGCAUUAUAUAAACUUAAAUCUCUAAGCACAAAUUGAAGUAGUUUGUAUAAAGGAUGAAGAAAAUAUGCGUGGCCAUGUCCAGGAACGCCACGUGCACACUCUAAAACUAGCUGACUGAAAGUUGUAAUGAACAGGUAUCGCGGUUGCACAAUCAGCGAUGAAAUGCCAGAAGCAGCAACAGAUCAUUUUAAUGUCAUUAUGGAUGAAAAGAAAGAAUGGAGAUGUGAGUCGGUUGAUUCAGUAAAUUAGCUCAGGUCAGGAUAAUAAUAUUUUCAUGAAAAUUCUAUGUAGCAUGAAAACAAGACUUUAAACCACGCAUUUUCUGUCAGCAAUGUAUGACAAGCAGACUCUGGAUGCUAGUUUAAUGUUAGACUCAAUAUGAUCAUAACUCAGUGGUUUUCAUAUCAGAGGACAGAUGAGGUGGAGAGUUAGGAUACGUGGAAAGAUGGGAUUGAAUGGAUAGAUGGAGGACAAUGUUUUUAUUAUUUUUUAUGUUUGUGGGAUUGCAAAUCUUGCAUCCUGUGUACCAAAUAAGUAGUGUAUCUAUUGUAUUAUCAAUUUACCCAUCCUUUUAGAUUACAGAAGUAAGGACUACAGAUGGUUUUUCCUACCCUGGUAUAAUACAGUGUUAGAGGCAUAAAAAUGAUCUUUUUUAAGUAUUUGUCCUGCACAGGAAUGUAAAUAUUUUAAUUUGUUCAUUAACUAAUGGUGGUUGUUUAUGCAUGAAAGUAAUGAUCAACAUUUUCCUAUUAUUCCAUAUUAAUGUGGCUGAUGUCUAUCUGCACCUGAUAUUACACAACAGUGACCCAACACACACAGUUCGUUAAAGCUUUCUGCUUUUUCUAUUCUAAACCCCUGCGGUUUGGUGGAUGUGUCUCUGACGGACGUCCUGUGCAACAAGGGAUUUAUUUUACAUUUUCAGGUACAGUGGUUGGUUUAAAAUAAAAGUUUGUUUAACAGUGGAAA